CAUAAUUAACCUUGACAAGUAUUUAACCUCGAAAUACUUCCUAGUUGUGUUUUUUUACUGUUCUCACAAUUGACAACGUAGAUGGUUGGCCAUCCAUAAAAUCACCGAAGAAUGGCGAUACAGUAGAAAUCUCGACGUACAACAAAAUUUACACCUUUUUAAAGCAAUAUUUACAUAAGAAAGAAAAAUCUAAAUACAAGCAAUAUGAAGCUACUAUACUGCAUCCCAGUGUUUGUGAUAUUAAUUUUAAGGGAAUCCCUCAGCAGCCCAGUGGAUCUAUCUUCCAACAACGAGAUCGAAGACUUCCUGGAAAAUCCCAAGUAUCAGAAGUACGAUGAGCUGACUGACUUGUUUAAGCAAUUGCAAAAGCAAUAUCCGAAUCUGGCGAAGCUGAUAUCGGUGGGUAGGUCUGUUAAGAAUCGCGAGUUGUGGGCAUUGGAAAUCAACGCGAACGUGCAGAAGGAGAGGUCACAGUUGACCCCCAUGUUUAAGUAUGUUGCAAACAUGCAUGGGGAUGAAAGCAUUGGUAGACAGUUGACCAUUUACAUGGCACAAUACCUUCUGGCCAAUUAUGGAAAGAAUGAGCGUGUUACAAAGCUUGUGAACUCCACUGAUAUAUUCCUGAUGCCAUCCAUGAAUCCUGAUGGCUUUGAGAACUCUGAGGAGGGAAUGUGUGAGUCCAAGGAAAGAUAUGUUGGUAGGCAAAAUGAAAACAAUGUCGAUUUGAAUAGGGAUUUCCCAGACCAAUUUGAUCCAAUUAGAAUUGGAACUAUUUUGUCUGGAAGGCAACCUGAAACCAUCUCACUCAUGACCUGGAUUAUUUCUAGACCUUUUGUGCUCUCUGGAAACCUGCAUGGUGGAGCUGUUGUUGCCAGUUAUCCAUAUGAUGACUCUGCAGCUAGAAGAACUUGCUGCAAGGAGAGUGCAAGUCCAGACAAUGAGCUUUUUAAACAAUUGGCUUUGACCUAUGCCAAACCCCAUGCACCAAUGUCUCAGGGUGAGGCAUGCCCACAUGAUAAAUUCAAGGAUGGUAUUACAAACGGAGCAUUGUGGUAUGAAGUUAGAGGCGGCAUGCAAGAUUUCAACUAUGUCCAUUCUAAUUGCUUCGAGGUGACUUUCGAGUUGAGCUGCUGUAAAUUCCCGUUGGCCAAGGUGUUGCCUCGCGAGUGGCACCUAAAUAAAGAGUCUAUGAUUUCGUUCAUCGAGUCUGUGCAUUGGGGUGCUAAAGGCUUAGUUACGGACAAGAGCAAAGAACCAAUCCUAGACGCAGACGUAGUUGUAAUUGGUAUCAAUCAUAACGUCACGACUUCCAAUCGCGGAGAGUAUUGGAGAUUAUUGUUACCAGGGGAGUAUCAAAUGUUCGCCACCGCCUAUGGCUAUGAACCAUCGAAACCGAUCACCGUAACCGUGAGCAAAGACCAAACGACCGUUCAACAUUUCAUCUUGGAGCGCGCCGUUCCCACCAAAGGUGGUGCCUAUGAGGAGAUUGUUAAUCUGACGAGGCCGAUGUUCGAUCAGUACGGCUUCAUGAUCGAUCCCGGUUUAGAGUUCCACCAUCAUAAUUACACUGACAUGGAACGAUUCCUUUUGGAGUACAACAGCACUUAUCCGAAUAUCACUGAUCUGAAGGUUAUCGGUAAAUCCGUGCAAGGACGUAAUCUGUAUGUCUUCGUGUUGGGAAACACACCUACCAAACACGUUCCAGGUAAACCGGAAUUUAAGUAUGUUGCCAAUAUGCAUGGUAAUGAGGUGGUCGGUCGCGAAAUGCUGUUACUCCUCAUUAAAUUCCUUUGCGAAAAUUACAUGUCUAACGAUCGUAUUACGAAGAUGCUGAACACAACUAGGAUACAUAUAAUGCCGAGCAUGAAUCCGGAUGGAUAUGAGAUGUCCCACGAGGGCGACAGCGACAGCACAAUUGGUCGAAGCAACGCGAACAACGUCGACUUGAAUCGCAAUUUUCCGGAUCAAUACGUUAUUAAUAAUUUUAACAAAGUGACGGAGCCUGAGACGAAAGCUAUGAUGGAUUGGAUUCUGUCCGAACCGUUUGUGCUCUCUGCAAACCUGCACAACGGAGCGCUCGUAGCCAACUAUCCCUACGACGAUAAUCCCGACAGCAACGAGUACAUCGGUCAAGCGAAUCCUUCUCCCGAUGACAACGUUUUCAAAAAUCUCGCCCACACAUAUUCGGACGCGCACAGAAAAAUGCAUCUGGGAAAACCGUGCCCGUUAUUCCCCAAGGAGCAUUUCGAAGGUGGUAUCACUAAUGGAGCCAAAUGGUACAGCGUAACUGGCGGUAUGCAAGACUGGAACUACCUGGUGGCUGGAUGCAUGGAGAUCACCCUUGAGUUGGGUUGCUACAAGUUUCCGAAGGCAGCGCAACUGCCCAACUACUGGUUGGACAACCACGACGCUCUCCUAUCUUACAUCGAGCAAGUACAUCGCGGAGUCAAAGGUUUCGUCUUCAGCACAAUCGGUCGCGGCAUCCCCAACGCCGAGGUUUACGUGGAAGGGAACAACCACGCCGUUCGCACCGCCAAGACCGGAGAUUACUACCGAAUUCUUUUACCGGGAACUUACAAUUUGACUGUUGCUGCUAGAGGAUACGAAAGCGAUACGCAAACCAUCGUCGUGCCCGAGAAUGGUGGUCAGAUCCAGGUUAAUUUCACGUUGAUGCGCGACGAUCCCAUCCACUGGGCAAGCGCCUACGACUUUGGCAUCACCGAGAACCAAUACAAGCCGGAAUAUCAUUCCAACAGCGAUAUCUAUAAGCUACUCGCUCAGCUGGAGACAAGGUAUCCCUCAUCCGCACAAUUCGAAGGCGGCGAAGAUUACAUUUCAAUGACCAUACACUCACUUAAAAUAACGGACAAGAUUGAUUCGUCGGACGAAACGAAAUUCCAGGUGGCAGUGAUUGGAAAUCUUUUUGCGACGCAACCGAUUGGCCGCGAGAUAUCAGUGUAUUUAGCGAGGCACUUGCUGCAAGGCUACAAAUUCGGCGAUCCGAAUAUUGUCUCGAUCUUGGAAAAUACCGUAAUAACGAUAAUACCCGUGAUCGACGUGGCCUUCGAGAAGAUCUGGGGAGACUAUCCCAAAUUUGCAUCGGGCAUAAACAAGCCGGAUAAGUUCAUCUGCAACAAUAUUUCUGCAGAUUUCCGGGAAGUUGGUAAGGAACUGAUGGGCGACGGUAUUCGCAGCGGUAAUCCACAGGCGAAUAUCGUAAACGCGUUUAAGCAUCUGUUGCUGGACAAGAAAUUCGAUAUGAUGUUAAAUUUCGAAGGAGGCAGAGGAGGAUUCGUUUAUCCAAAGUCUAGAGGUCCGUUGAAUGUGCACGAGAAAUUCGCGCAGACCUAUUUGAAUGCGCUGAAGUAUACGCAGGGCUGCGAAAAUAACAUCGCGGCCACCGACGGAAACUUGACAGAAUUCAUAGCCAGCGAAUACGGCACAGCAAUGUUCACGGCCAAGGUUAGCUGUUGCCAAUACCCAUCGAUAGAGAAUAUCCCAUUUAUCUGGAGAGAGGUGAUCACUCCGGCUAUUAAAUUCUUGAGCCAAACACGCACAGGGGUCGAAGGAACAAUUUUAGAUUCACAAAAUCGGUUGUUGACCAAUGCUACCGUCAGGGUUGAAGGCAUUAAUGUGUUGCACCAAGUCACGCCCAGGUUGGCUCACUUCAAGAUCAUGCUGCCGCCCGGCCACUACAUUUUAGAGAUAUCCAACGGUUUCGAAUACAGGCCAAAGAUGCUGAAAGUCGAUGUAAUAGAAUACAAAAUGUCCAAUUGCAACGUGACUUUAAUGAUGAAGAAUGGCGAAAUCAAGAAGAUCUCUGAAAGUACUACCAGGACUAUUCUUGACUCGGAUGGAAAUGUUAUUGAGGAGAUCGUACCAGGCGGUGGAUUUGGUAUUGCAGGCGCCGGUAUUGUUGGAUUCGUUCGUGACAACUUGAAUCACCCAAUACCGAAUGCACAGAUUCUAAUGAACGAUAAAAAUUUGAACAUCAGUUCAGACACGAACGGUCGUUACAUGUUGAAGGUAGCGCCUGGACAGUAUACAUUUAAAGUAGUUGCCGAUGGCUAUGAACCGAUGGUGAAGUUUACAACAAUCGACGAAAAACAACCUAGUCUAGUUGUGUUCACUCUUGUUCGCAACGAGCACGUCUGGGGAAUGCCUCGAUCAGUAUUCAUUAUAUUUAUUGUACUGAUAAUGAUGAUAAUCGGAGGGAUAAUAUUUUGUUGCUGUAAAUGUAAAAACGACAAGGAGUACGGUUUAUUACCGCAAAAUCCGAACGAAGAAUUUGAUCACGUAAUGAAAGAUUACAAUAAGCCAAUCACACGACCGUAUUUUGACGACGAUGAUGACGACCAUAGCGAUAUUGAUAAUUCGCAGGAAGAGAGUUCCGAAGAUGACAUCGUUCUAUUGAACAGAAAAGACUCGUGGUCUAAAACGCACCUCAUUAAAUAGUUUUAUAUCUAAUUACUAGACAUUUUAAAAUCAUAACCGCAUUCG